AUGGUGUACAAAGCACCAGGCACCUCCACCUCGUCACGUGGUGUGUCACCGCAACGGCCGCCACACCAGCACAAGCACCCGUCAACAAUGCCAUCGUCCUCGUCGUCGUCAUCCCUGGCUCGCGGUGGCCAAUCGCUGAUGAACCUGAACAACUACCGAGAUAACACGGUCGUCCGGGGCCGACGCCGGGACGCUUUUCACACCAACGGAACGGUGCGCAAAGUUAACAACACCGGCAGCGAUGUGGCGGCCGGUGCCGGCAUGAAGCGAUCCAACAGUCUCAACAAUAAGUACAACAAUGGCGCCCAAGCCCGGCGCUCCAACAGUAUCGAGCGAAUGAACAACGGAAAGGUGUACCGGGGACGUAGUCCGUUGCGAAAUUCCACCUCGAAUUUGAACGCCGGCGGAACGGGAUUUGGGGGAACCGGUGGCGGAGGUGGCCGCAACCAACCUAUUCUGGUCCGUUCGCGAGGAAAUGACAUCGGCAGCAUGGACAACUUGGAUAACAUCACCCAGGCGUCGACCGGAAGCAGCAACUCUAUGCCUGGCACACCGGAAGAUAACAUCAACGUCGUCGUGCGGGUUCGGCCACUGAAUGCAAAGGAGGCCAGACAUGGCGACGAAAUGGUGGUGCAGUUUCCUGGCAAUGGACAAAUAGUGUGCGAGGGAAUCCCGCUGCCAUCGGGUGGCGCAAGCCAAAAACCGAAACUGUUUUCGUACAACGUGGUCUUCGAACCGGGUGCCACGCAAGAUGACGUGCUACAAUACUCCGGUAUCAAGCGGUUGAUCGAGAUGGCAAUCGAAGGCUUCAGCUGCACUGCAUUUUGUUACGGGCAGACUGGAUCCGGUAAAACGCACACACUCACCGGGCCACCGGAAUUGUUUUACAGUAAACCAGAUCCUUCGCACGAGGACCAUGGUCUGGUGUUUCGUUCGUUUCUUUAUUUGUUCAAGCUGCUUCAGGAACGGAAAGAUACGAACUUCAUCCUGAAAGCCUCCUUUCUUGAGAUUUACAACGAAAAGGUUAUAGAUUUACUCAACCCCGGCACAGCAAGGAAACCACUUGCGGUUCGAUGGUCGAAAAAAUCGCGUGGUUUUUUCGUGGAAAACCUUUUCACGGUCGACUGUGAAGAGUUGGACGAUCUGCUGGCAGUUCUGGAAGAAGGCAUGCGAAACAGGCACGUUGGAUCACACCUGAUGAACGAUUAUUCCUCCCGGAGCCAUACGAUACUGACGGUGCACAUUACCUCGGAGCAGCAAGCGGAAGGCGGUGUUUUCAUUUCCAAGCAAGGUAAAAUCAACUUUGUCGAUCUGGCCGGUAGUGAGAUGACGAAGAAAACGCACAGUGAGGGUAAGACACUCGAGGAAGCGAACAACAUCAACAAGAGCCUGAUGGUUUUGGGUUACUGUAUUGCAUCACUAAGUGACUCAAAGAAGCGUAGUGGACAUAUUCCGUACCGGGAUAGCAAACUGACGAAACUUUUGGCCGAUAGCCUGGCGGGAAAUGGUGUGACGCUAAUGAUUGCCUGCAUAUCGCCAGCUUAUUCGAACCUAACGGAAACGGUCAACACACUUAGGUACGCAGCACGAGCCAAACGUAUCCGAACGAAACCCAUCAUCGUGAUGGAUCCGCGGGAAGCAUUGAUCCUGAGCCUGAAGCGAGAAAUUGGAGCAUUGCAGGUUGAAAAUGAGCACCUAAGGACGGCGCUAAAUUUGCAGACGGAAGCACAGGAUAUCAACAGCCAGGUGGACCUGCUCGAACGGAGACCGAUUCCAAGCACGCCGCCCAAGGUGGAUCUUGAUAAAAUAACCGACAUGGAGAGCAACGAGCUGAAGGAGCUGGUGAAGGUUUACAUAAUGGAAAACCAAGCCCUGCGACAGGAAAACUCCGAGCUCUACUCUACUCGUGAGCUGAUAAUCAGGGAUCAAGAACUUGUCUGCAGGGAAAACGAGCGGCUAUUGAAGAAGCUGGAAGAUGUUAAUUCAGUUUGCUGUCGGUCACCGAUCAUACCAGCUCGGCCGACGUUUUCGGCAGAGAUGCUCAAUUUGUCCGCGGCGAGCGGAGAUGGCGACGUGCCGAAUAUUUGGAGAAACCCGCUUAGUUCUAGUGCCGACAGUAUGGGCCGCUACCGGAAUGAAUCGUUGGAUGGACGGGUGUCGGCAAACGAAAACAAAAUUCCCGAUUUAAUACAAAAAGAGCUCGAUAAACGUAGGAUCGGCGACAGCAUAAACACUAUCGCCAACAAUUUAAAGCGCAACAACUCUUGGGAUAAUGCUAAUCGUGCCGUUGGAUCUGGUCAGGGUGUGAAAUUAGCCUCUCGUAAAAGCUCCGCAGAUAGUCGCCAUUCGGAUCCAAGUCAGGCGAGGACCUCUCAAACACGGAUUAUCGACCUCACGCAAAGCCGCUAUCCGUCGGUUAGUUCUAGUGGUGUUUCUCAACCACCCUGGAGAAACACAGUGAAACGAGCAUCAAGUGCACAGAAACCGUCGUCGCCAAUGUUUCUUCGGAAACAGAACAAUCUGCUCGCAAAGAGCAGAUCGACAGACGAAGGCAUUGUGCCACUGAACAGAAACAUAUUUGGCAGUCUCCUAUCGCUCGAUGUCGAAGAAGACAUUGCGCUGUUAUGAUGAAGACAAUAAAAAUUAUUUCUUAUUCGAUCGCUCGCUGCCUCGUCGGUGAUUAGUGUAUCAUGAUAAGUUAAAGGACA